UCACAUCGCUCACAUAGAUUUUGAAAUCUGUCAUCAACGUGUUUGUUUUUCUUCAGUGUUCUCCCAAGUUUUUCUCAAAGAAGCUGCUAAAUAAAAGAACAAGAAUGGCUAAUUUCCAGGAGGAUCAGUACUGGGGAUCCCAGAAUACACAAUACAACACAUACGAUGUCAACACGGGAUUUAUGGAUCAGUCUCAACAAUUAGAUUUUCAGUCCUUUGACAAUUCUCAGUACAAUCAGGGAUCCUACCCACCACCCUAUGCUCAGCAACAACCGAACAUUUUCACCCCAGAACCACUGGACAAUCUGGGAUUCAGUGGGCAAGGUUCCACGUCUACCAAUGAAUUUGACGAGCCUCCACUGCUCGAGGAGCUGGAGAUAUACCCAGAGAGAAUCUGGGAAAAGAGUCUAGUGGUUCUGAAUCCUUUCCAUGCCCGAGGAUUGACCAACAAUGCUGAGUACUUCUUCAAAGAAACCGAUCUGGCAGGUCCUAUUGCUUUUUGUCUGACUUUAGCUGCCUGUUUAUUCGUUUCCGGGAAAGGAGCACACUUUGGCUACAUCUACGGGCUCUGCAUCAUGUCAGUCCUGGUUAUGUACAUCCUCAUCUCGCUCAUGUGUAAUUCAACGGAGAACUUUGUGACUCUGACGGCUGUUGCGAGUAUUCUAGGCUACAGUAUCCUCCCAAUCGUCUGGCUAUCAAUACUAGGCAUUGUUGUGUCCCUGAAUAGUAUGCUAGGAAUGAUUUUGGCUACUUGUGCUAUCAUCCUGGCCACCGUGGGAGCGAGCAAAAUCUUCUGUCUCAUGACCGGUGAUGUCAAUCAACGAUAUCUCAUUGCAUAUCCAUGUGCUCUAGUUUAUGUCAUCUUCUCUCUGCUUGUACUGUUCUAGAGCACCCCUCUGCGGGGUGAUAUAAUAAAUAUUUCUUAUCAUUGAGAA